UCCAUGGUCCCAAGGGAUUCACAGCAUGAAACGAGCAGUUGCCUGUCCCAGGAUGGGAGGCCGGGUGCUGUUCCCCGCCGCUGGAUGUGUGCGUGCCGCUGGGCUUUCCUUCCUGCGGCGAGCAAGGCGGUCGCAGCCUUCAGGGAAGUGUUUUGCAAUCACCUUCUUCAGAGAGUCACAGCAAUUAACGGCACUGGUUUUGAGGAACUAAUGGUGAAAACAGCAUGUUAACAAAGGGGCUGCGCGCAGCGAGCUGCUGGGAGCCAGGGGCUGGUGCUCGGAGCAGGCGAUGAGCAGCGGUCAGACGCACCAGGCACAGAGGUGAUGCCAAAGCCUCGGAGGAGACCAUGGCCAGGAGCAGUGCUGGGAGACCCUUCCUGCUGCAGCUCUCCCUGCUCCUGCUCCUCCGCCCAGGCGGGACCCUGGACUGUGCCUUGGUGUCUGUGGGCUCACCCGUUGUGCCCCUGGGCUCGGCCGUCACAGCAUCCUGCACCAUCCAGAGCAAGUUCUGCCGAGGCUUGGAGCAGGGGAAGGUCCGGAUCACCUGGAUGCUGGACAACGAGCCCAUGUCUGGGAGCCAGCGCCACGGCUUGGGAGGCGCAGAGGUGUCCAACCUCACGCUGCCCCAGUUCAACCGCACGCAGGCCAAGCUGUGGUGCUGUGUGGAGUGGAAUGGGACCAAGCAGCGUGUUGGCGUGGCCGAGAUCCAGGCAGGCUACCCACCCGCGAAGCCCUUCAACCUCAGCUGCGCCCUGAACCUCAACGACUACGGGCUGACGUGCCGGUGGGAGCAGGGAGCUGAGAGCCACCUCCCCACCAGCGUCGCGCUGAAGUGUGCCAGGAGCAGAGCCCAGGUGGUAACGGGCUGCACCCCACAAAGCGGUCGCAGCCACUGUACGGUGCCGCGCCGGCUGCUCCAGCUCUACCGGCAAAUGGAAUUCUGGGUGUCUGCCACCAACGCGUUGGGCUCGGCCGAGUCGGAGCAUCUCUGCAUCGACCCCAUGGAUGUUGCCAAGCUGGACCCCCCAGCCCUGCGGAGCAUCCAGUCCAUCCCCUUCCAGACUGACUGCGUCGCCCUAGCGUGGGAGGUGGCCCACAGCACCGUGCACAUGGAUCUGCAGUGCGAGCUGCGCUACCGGGCGCUCGAAGACCUCACCUGGGCUCUGGUCACCAACAUCAUCGGUCAGGCUGGCACCACGCAGCACUGCGGCUUCCUCUUCGGCACCCAGUACCACUUCCAGAUGCGGUGCCGGCGGAGCUCAGCACGGGGCUACUGGAGCGAGUGGAGCCAGGGCAGGAACUACACCACACACGAGAAAGCCCCAGCGGGAGAGCUGGAUGCCUGGUGGGAUGCUCGGCCAGCCGAGGCGGGCAGGCGGCUGGAGGUGCAGCUGCGCUGGAAGGCCCCACGGCAGCGGGAGGCGAAUGGGCGCGUGCUGGGGUACCGCAUCACCCUGAGCCCCAGGAGGAGGGGCAGGAACCCCCCCACCAUCUGCAACACCACCCACACCCACUGCAACUUCUCCGCGCCGGCGGGGACCAGGAGGGUCUAUCUCUCAGCCUACAACGCUGCAGGGGAAUCGGCAGCAACCGAGGUCGUCCUCUUGGAGAGGAAAGGUCAGCCCCUGGCUGGGCUCCGGGCCGUGUCCAGGGGGGAGCACAGCCUUUGGGUGCACUGGGAGACUCCACCAGCCUCCCCGGCCGCCUACGUCCUGGAGUGGCAGCGGGUGCCCUGGGAGCCCAUCGGCUGCAGCGCCUGCUGGCAGAUGGAGCGAGAUGGGGCUGCUACCGCAGCGCUCAUCCGUGAUGGCAUUGAGCCUUUCCAGCGCUACAACAUCUCUGUGUACCCCCUCUACAAGGAUGCCGUGGGGGUCCCUGCCCACAUGGCUGCCUACUCCAAGCAGAAAGCACCAUCCUCUGCCCCAAAGCUUCAUCUGAAGAGCAUCAGCAAGUCCAAGGCUGAGCUGUGCUGGGACCCGCUGCCGGUUGAGAUGCAGAAUGGUUUUAUCACCAGCUAUACCAUCUUCUGGGCUAACAGCACCGCAGAAGUUUCCAGUGCCACCGUGAAUCCCUCUCUCAGCUCCUUUGUCAUCCGGGAGCUGAAGCCAUCGACCUUGUACAAAGUGCACAUCACGGCAUCCACAGCUGCCGGCGGCACCAACGGCACCAGCCUGACCCUGGUGACCCCGGUGCUAGAUGACAUUGAAAUCCAAUUCCUCUUCCUGACCCUGGGGCUGAUCUUUGUUCUGCUCCUACUGUUGCUCAUCUGCAUCCAGAAGAAUGGGCGGGUGAAGAAGCAAUUCUGGCCCAGCGUCCCCGACCCUGCCAACAGCAGCCUGGGCAAGUGGGUGCCCGCUGAGCUGCACCAGGUGAGACUGCAGCAACUGCUCCGCACCCAGCACCAAGAACACAUGGGGAUGGGGAAUGGGGUGCAAGGAGCUCCCCUCAUGUGGUGCCCGAGGUGGGCAGAGGGGAUGCACCCUGCAAACAGGCAGGGUUGGUUCCUCCAGGAGCCUGUGGUUCCUCCAGGAGCCUUUGGUUUGUUUCUCCAGGAACCUCUACAGGUCCCCAGCGUGAGGGAGCCCGGUCUGGCCACAAUUUCCACCAUCACAGUGCUUGAAAAGGCAGCAGGGAAGCAGCCACCAGCUUGGGGCAAGGAACCGGCCACCGAGCCCACCGUGCCCCAGCCCUACGUGCGGCAGGAGGGAGCCGCAUCAGCCCAUGGUUGGGCUGCAACCAACCCGCUUCCCAGUGGCACUGGGGAGAUAGUCCAGUACGCGCGGGUGGUGGGCGAUGGGUACAAGGGGCAGCAGCACACCCGACCUCGCCUCUACCUGCGCUCCUGCUCCAAACAGCCCCUGCUCCUUGACCCCAGCCCCAGUCCCAAGCCCUACGAGAACCUGUGGUUCCAUGGGACUGUCCCUGACGGCGGCUUCGGGGAUGGGGGCUGCCUCGAGGACCUGCCCGCCACCUUCCCCCUGCUGCAGGGCCUCCGCAUCAGCGGGGCUGAGGAGCUCCAGGACUGCCGAGCGUUUUAGUGCAGGAGGAAGUCGAGCCCUCCUCCUCCUCCUUUUCCCUGCUGCAAUAAAUUGGGAUGUGCUGAGAACCGCCUGGAGCAGCUCUGUGGCAGGACAAGCUCAGGGUGGAAGCAGGGAGAGGACCUGGACUGGGUCCAUACUGGGACCAGUGCUGUUUAAUAUCUCUAUCAGUGGGAUGAAGGGCACCCUCAGCCGGUUUGAGGAUGACACCAAGCUGAGUGUUGCGGUUGUCACACCAGAGGAUGUAAUGCCAUCCAGAGGGACCCAGACAAGGUGAAGAAGCCGGUCCCUGUGAACCUCACAAGGUUCAACAAGGUGAAGGGCAAGGUUCUACACCGG